GCAAAAACCCUAAUUCGCAUCUUGUAUUUAGUUGUCUUGUUCAACUUUUAUUCCUUCGACGCUAGCAAGGAAAGGGUUUGUGCGGCUGCCAUUUUCGAUUUCAAGGUUUUUAAAAUUUUUGAAGAAUGGUGAGGAUCAGUGUGCUUAACGAUGCUCUUAAGAGUAUGUACAAUGCUGAGAAGAGAGGGAAGAGGCAAGUCAUGAUCAGGCCUUCUUCUAAAGUCAUCAUCAAGUUCCUUAUCGUCAUGCAAAAGCACGGUUACAUUGGUGAGUUUGAGUACGUUGAUGACCACAGGUCUGGCAAGAUUGUUGUGGAGCUUAAUGGAAGACUAAACAAAUGUGGAGUCAUCAGUCCUCGUUUUGAUGUUGGAGUUAAGGAGAUUGAAGGUUGGACUGCUCGUCUUCUUCCUUCCAGACAGUUUGGCUACAUCGUUCUUACUACCUCUGCGGGUAUUAUGGACCAUGAAGAAGCCAGGAGAAAGAAUGUUGGUGGAAAGGUUCUUGGAUUCUUUUACUGAACCAAAAAGCUUGAAGAAGAGAAUCUUACUGUCGUCUGUGAUGAUACUUUGCGCUUCUCCUUUUGGUGAGAAGAGGAAUUCGAUUGAGCUCAAAGUUUAAGGGGUAGUAGAGUUUUUGAUGUGUUUGUGUUUCUUUAGAUAAUAUGCCAUUUUGUUCGUUUUGGGAUUUGCGCAAAAGUUGUUGAAGACUUAUGAAUAGACAGUUUUUUCAAUUUCUGUUUCCAAAAAAAAAAACCAUGCUUUUCUUGAGCCAAUACUAUCAAUCGAGACGUUCGUGA